GUUGGCAGUAGCGGUGUGUGGGCGCACCAAUCAUGGGGGACAAGAAUGGCUGGGAUCAAAGUCAGUUGCGAAAAUACGACAUUCCCUUGGAUGAAAUACCAAGACUCGACGUAAAUGAUCCACUAGUCGACAAGUACAUAUCGGAAAAUAAACCGGUUGUUAUAACGGGAACAAAUUUGGUCGGCUCAGCAGAGAAAUGGGAUUUAGAAUACUUGGAAAAACAUAUGGGUGUUGCAGACCACACGGUCUUUCUUUCUCGCAACCACAAAUUCAAGUAUUUCGAUGACAAAAAGGUCCCACAUGGUGCGAAUGAAGGAAAAAUAGACUUUACGCCUCCAACACGGCGGCUUGAUAUGAAAUUUCCUGAAUUUUGCCGGCGCCUCAAAGACUGGAAGAGAGGAGAGGAAAGGAUGUACCUCCAGCAAGCACUGAAUAGUUCUGUUGGUCAAGCAAUAGUUCAUGACUUUCUUAACUUCAACUGGGACUGGAUCAACAGCAAACAAAAAAAGAAUGGCUGGGGUCCGCUUACAUCAAAUUUGCUUUUGAUAUCAAUGGAAGGUAAUGUUACACCAUGCCAUUAUGAUGAGCAGCAGAACUUCUUUGCCCAGAUCAAAGGCUAUAAGCGAUGUAUUUUAUUUCCACCUGAACAAUUUGAAUGUUUUUAUCCAUACCCAGUGUACCAUCCUCAUGAUCGGCAAAGUCAGGUUGAUUUUGAACGACCAGACUACAGUAGAUUCCCAAAGCUUCGAGAAGCUCAUGGUCAGGAAGCAGUUCUGGGUCCUGGAGAUGUUUUGUACAUACCUAUAUACUGGUGGCAUCACGUAGAAUCCUUGAUGCGUGGUGGUUACACAGUUUCAGUUAAUUUUUGGUUUAAGGCUGGUCCAACGGGCCAAAUAACAUACCCAUUGAAGGGCCACCAGAAAGUGGCAGUGAUGCGUAAUGUAGAGAAGAUGUUGAUUGAAGCAUUGCAAAACACACAAGAAGUUGGCCCACUUCUCAGAGCACUGGUCCUGGGCCGAUACACAGACUGAUGAUACUGUGAUUAUUUUUUUACUACUUGUAAGAUAGCUGUAAUCAUUUUCCUUGUCACAGUCAUGUAGUAAAGAGCUGUAAAAGUUCUGAAACUGCUGCCAUUCAUGUACUCCUUGAAGCCAUCAAGCAGUUUUGCUUUGGUUUGAUAUGGGUUGCUUUCAUGCCUUCAGUGAUGCUCCGUAAGGUAUGUUCACUUGGCAGAUCCAUUUAUUAUUUGUGUAAUAAAGUGCUGUUGCAUUACAAGAUUGUAGUGCAUCUUGCUUUUGCUACAGGAACUUUAUAUUCAUUGCUGUAAUUAACAUAAUUCACUCAUUGUCAUAUUUUAAAACCGCUUGUGAUUUGUUUUUAUAUGUGAUCCUUGACUGUCAUUUAAGUUUACAGGGAAAUGGAAAAUGUGUCAUUAGUUACCAAAAGUUAACCACUUUUUAAAAAUUUUAAAAUUACUGCAUUAAAUGCAAAAUGUUAUAUGGAAUGUGAUAAUUUAUUUCUUUCAUAUUGAGCAAGGAUUGAUGUAUUCUAUUAAUUGGAAUUUCAUGAAGUACCAAUAAUUGUGCAGUUGCUAGUGGCAUGCUGGGACUUCUGAAAAGUAUAAUUUUGUAAUUUUUUUGUACACUUUGUUGGCAUGUCCAGUUUAGAACAGAAGCAGUUUUACAUUAAUACUGUUUUAUUGCACUAGACUAUAUCAGCAAGUAAUAGCUCAAAAUUUUAACACUUCUUUGUGGAGGAAAGCAAUUUUUAAAGUAUAGUUCAUAUUUUUAUGUUCUGUCACUUAGACUAAACCUAUUUCGCUGUGUUUAGUUGGUAUGUAUUACUAUUCCACAAUUUUUACUGUGUGAAAAAUAGUGACAAAUAAGGAAUAUUUCCAAAUGUAAUCAGUGGAAGAUCCAUAAUUACGUGAGAAAUGAGAUCCUGCAGUGUAGUUGAGUGGCUCAUAGAAGCAGUUGGACUCUUUUUUUACAUGUAUAUAUGUAAUCCGCAGUCCACCUUGCCGCAUGUAAAAGUGUGUGUAUCAUUAUCCAUCUUCCAUGCCUCACCUAAAUUUUUUUGUGAGAUGUGUAGGAAGAACAUGCAUCCUCAGAAUGCUAACAAUUUACAGUGGAUUUCCAAAAGUGGCAAAUAUGUCAGACACAGGUGCUCUCUUUCAUACACCUGAGAAAGAAGUUGAGCUGUUUGUUAGUUUGUGUGCAUUCUAAAAAUGCCAUGUCUCUUGUUAGUCCAGUUCAUCCACUAGGUGCAUUAAGAAACCUUCAUUUCCUCGGAUCGUCUUCUCAGUGAAAGGACAGAAUAGUAAAUACAGCAACCAUACAAAAACUUAGCGACGGCAAGCUAGUGCUUGUAUGAGCAAUAGCCCACAAAAAAUAUGAAAUACACAUGUAAAAUAUAUAUAUUCUGUGAAAGACUUGUUGAAAUUGCUUACUAAUAUAGUCUACACUUAGUGGGGGGGGGG